UCGCCCGGAGGGCGGGAUCGGCGUGUUCGGUUGCACCGAUGCCGGUUACAUAGUAGCGGGUACGGCGUGUCCUUGGGCAGAGGAAACGCGGGUCUGACCGGCGGUCGGGAGUGAGGGAGCGAGCGCGUAGUUUUGCGGAUCGAGCCGGUUUCACCAUGGGGGACGUGGAGAAGGGCAAGAAGAUCUUCGUGCAGAAGUGCGCCCAGUGCCACACGGUGGAGAAGGGCGGCAAGCACAAGACCGGGCCCAACCUGCACGGGCUCUUCGGCCGCAAGACCGGCCAGGCCCCCGGCUUCACCUACACAGACGCCAACAAGAACAAAGGCAUCAUCUGGGGAGACGACACCCUGAUGGAGUACCUGGAAAACCCCAAGAAGUACAUCCCGGGCACAAAGAUGAUCUUCGCCGGCAUCAAGAAGAAGGGGGAGAGGGAAGACUUGAUAGCCUACCUCAAGAAGAGCACCAAUGAGUAACAGUUGUCCGCUGCCUUAUUUAUUGCCAGAAGGAGAUGUCGCCCCGAUGUUUCUUUUCUUUUUUUACACGCGCCGCAACAACCCUAUUUAAAUUGGUUUCAUCUACUGGAGAAUUUUGAUCAUGAAUGGUUGUUUUAGAAUUUUGUUCAGUCCUAAUAAAGGAGUGGUCAUCAUCACAGCCACAACCAACCUAUCACACUGUUCUGUUCUUUAAAAGGUUCCAUCGAGCAACUUUGUCUCUGAAACAACGGGGAAGCUGUUCAGUAGCUUCAUGUGGCUUUGACUUGUACACCUGGGGUGGGGGGCCGGGGUCGCAGCUUUAUCCUUUGGGAAAAGUGCUCCCGAUGUGUCCAACUUAAUUGCUUUAUUUUCCAUCCACAAACGGCCUCUUAGAAUGAUUUAAGUCCUGCCUUUAAAUUGUUGAAAAGUAUUUUAGUGUUUUGCAUUUUUUUUGACCCUAGUAAAGAACCUCUCAGUGUGAGCCAUUUUUGAGUUGGGACUGAGGAAGCACAGACGGGUUCAACCAAAAGGAUGGACCUUCUUUUAAUCUCACUUGUCCCUUAGCAGUCACUUUUAAGUCCCAUUGAACUUAAGGUGUGCAGACAUGUUCUGUAGGAUGUGAAUAGUAGUCUUGACUCAGCUGUAAAGGUGUACCAUUGGUACAUCUGCUCAAUGAUGUGAUCAUAGACUUAAUUCAGCAAUUAAACACUUGUGAAUAUACUUUUCCUGAAUGCUCUCAGUUGGUUCAUUCUUUUCAUUUUAACAGACUUAAUAAAUUCAGAUGUGACCUUU